GCGUUGUUUCGUCGUCACUUCAAUUGGGCGAGGUGGUUGAUAACAUUUGUAAGAAAAGCAAACAGAGGAAGGAACUGUGCUUUUUCCCCCCCAGCUAUUAUUAUCCCAUUGAAGAGUGCCCGAAUCUAAAAGACAUUUUCCACUCGAGAAAAUCUCAGAUUGGAGUCUCGACUUCACUCCACCGUCUCAAACAACGUCUCUUUGCACUUGAUCAACAAGUUCUCACCCUCAAGGUCAUCAACCAUCACGGCUUCAAGGAACCUCACGGCAUCUUUGGGCCAUCUUGAAAGUCGGCGGAUAUCAUUUCUUUUCCACAAACCACCACGACCACCACGACCACCACCACGACCUCUCACACCCAGAACAAUGUCCUCUCUCAAACGCAAAGCCGGCUCCUCCCAGCCUGGCCCUUCCUCCGACGCCAAAAAGCCCAAACCAAACGGCAACAUCAUGUCCUUUUUUGGUGUUCCCAAGCCCGGCGGCCCACUCAAUUCUUCUCCUACAACCACAACCACAACCACCCGAUCAACCAGCCGCAGCCAAAGUCAGCUCAGCAACAGCAACAGUAGUACUACUACUACCGCUACCCCCGACCCAGUCACCGUAACCAAAAAGUUCAACAAGGAGAAAUGGGUAGCUUCUCUGACGCCCGAGCAACGCGACCUUUUGCAGCUGGAGAUCGAUACCCUCGACGAGAGUUGGCUGGCGCAUCUGAAGGAGGAGAUUGUAACCAAGGAGUUUUUGGACUUGAAAAGGUUCUUGAAGAAAGAGUGGGAGACCAAGACGAUAUUCCCGCCCAAGGAGGAUAUAUAUAGUUGGUCCCGCCACACCCCCCUCCCCGCCGUCCGCGUCCUCAUCCUCGGCCAAGACCCCUACCACAACCACAACCAAGCCCACGGCCUCUCCUUCUCCGUGCGGCCUCCCACGCCCGCCCCGCCCUCCCUCCGCAACAUCUUCAUCGGCCUCUCACGAGACUACCCCUCUUUCGUCCCCCCGCCUUCCAAGAGCGGGCUCUUAACCCCCUGGGCAACCCGCGGCGUCUUGUUGCUCAACACAUGCCUCACAGUCCGCGCGCACGAAGCCAAUUCCCACGCGAACCGCGGCUGGGAACGGUUCACGCAAAAGGUUAUUGAUCUGGUGAAUGAGCGACAGAAAAAGGGGGUGGUGUUUAUGGCGUGGGGAGCGCCGGCAGGGAAGAGGAUGGCCAAGGUGGAUGGGAAAAGACAUUUGGUGUUGAGGAGUGUGCAUCCGAGUCCGUUGAGUGCGCAUAGAGGGUUUUUUGAUGCGGGGCAUUUUAAAAAGGGGAAUGAGUGGUUGGAAGGAAGGUAUGGAAAGGAAGGAAGGGUGGAUUGGAGUUUGGUGGAGGGAAAAUCGAUAUUUGCUGAUGAGGAGGAGGGAAAUAGUAUUGGGGAGAAGGAGGGAAAGGAUGGGAAAAAAGAGGAGGAAGAGGAGGAUGAGUUCGAAGGAGGAGAGAUCUUUGAUGAGGAGGGGUUGAAGGAGGUUGAGGCUGUUGUGGAAAAGGUCGUGACGGAGGAGGGUGGAAAGGAGGAGUUAAAGACGGAUUUGGUGUUGGUGAAGAAGAAGAAGAAGAAUAAGGGGGAGGAGGGAGGUGAUGAGAAUGCUGUUCCUGUUCCUGAGGAGGAGGAGGAGCAGACGGAGAAGAUGGAGGAAGACUGAUGUUUGGGUGUUUCAUGGGCCAUUGGCUUGCACAUAUAUUUGAAUCUGCGGGCUGGGUUACACAUGUCUUGUAUACCUAUGCGGCUGUUGUGGGACCAAGGAGCGAGUUAUUGAUUGGACUUGGGCAAAGGGUACUUACUGUAUGUUUCGGUUCUUCAGGGUUGGUGUUCGGAGUUAUUUGUCAGUAUUGCUUUUAAGGUCUAGCUCGGGCGAGUUUACACAGAGCAUCAAGAAAAAGGCGCCUCGUCAUGAGCAAAUGCGACGGAGUAUAAAGACGGUCCAGUUGUUGAAACC